CAAGAUGUCGAAGGGACCAGCUGUCGGAAUUGAUCUUGGCACCACCUAUUCCUGUGUUGGUGUAUUCCAACAUGGGAAGGUGGAAAUCAUUGCCAACGACCAGGGUAACCGGACCACGCCAAGCUACGUUGCCUUCACAGAUACAGAGAGGUUGAUCGGCGAUGCUGCAAAGAACCAAGUUGCGAUGAAUCCAACGAACACAGUUUUUGAUGCAAAACGAUUGAUUGGGCGUAGAUUUGAUGAUUCUGUUGUCCAGUCUGAUAUGAAGCACUGGCCUUUCACUGUGGUGAACGAUGCUGGCAGGCCAAAAGUCCAGGUUGAGUACAAAGGCGAGACAAAGAGUUUCUACCCAGAAGAAAUUUCUUCCAUGGUUUUAACCAAAAUGAAGGAAAUUGCAGAAGCAUAUCUUGGGAAGACUGUUACUAAUGCUGUAGUGACUGUACCAGCCUAUUUCAAUGACUCCCAGCGUCAGGCAACAAAGGAUGCUGGAACCAUUGCGGGGCUCAAUGUGCUGCGAAUCAUCAAUGAGCCGACAGCUGCUGCCAUAGCCUAUGGUCUGGACAAAAAGGUUGGUGCUGAAAGGAAUGUCCUUAUCUUCGACCUUGGAGGUGGCACCUUUGAUGUGUCGAUUCUGACUAUUGAAGAUGGCAUCUUUGAGGUGAAAUCCACCGCAGGUGACACUCACUUGGGUGGAGAAGACUUUGACAACCGCAUGGUCAACCACUUCAUCGCCGAGUUCAAGCGCAAGCACAAGAAGGACAUCAGCGAGAACAAAAACACCGCCUGCGAGCGAGCAAAGCGUACUCUGUCGUCCAGUACGCAGGCCAGUAUCGAAAUUGACUCUCUCUAUGAGGGUAUUGACUUCUACACCUCCAUCACCAGAGCUCGCUUCGAAGAGCUGAAUGCCGACCUCUUCCGUGGCACCCUGGAUCCUGUGGAAAAGGCCCUGCGGGAUGCCAAACUCGACAAAUCGCAGAUCCACGAUAUCGUGCUGGUUGGUGGGUCUACUCGUAUCCCAAAGAUUCAGAAACUGCUGCAGGAUUUCUUCAAUGGCAAAGAGCUGAACAAGAGCAUCAAUCCUGAUGAAGCUGUGGCUUAUGGUGCAGCUGUCCAGGCUGCUAUUCUGUCCGGAGACAAGUCAGAGAACGUGCAGGAUCUGCUGCUGCUGGAUGUGACUCCUCUGUCCCUUGGCAUUGAGACUGCUGGAGGUGUCAUGACGGUGCUGAUCAAACGGAAUACUACCAUCCCCACCAAGCAGACGCAGACAUUCACCACUUACUCCGACAACCAGCCUGGUGUGCUGAUCCAGGUAUAUGAAGGAGAACGUGCCAUGACUAAGGACAACAACUUGCUGGGCAAGUUUGAGCUGACGGGCAUUCCCCCUGCUCCCAGAGGCGUACCUCAGAUCGAAGUAACCUUCGACAUUGAUGCCAAUGGCAUCCUGAACGUGUCUGCUGUGGACAAGAGCACUGGCAAGGAGAACAAGAUCACGAUAACCAACGACAAGGGCCGGCUGAGCAAGGAGGACAUCGAGCGGGUGGUGCAGGAGGCAGAGAAAUACAAAGCAGAAGACGAGAAGCAGCGUGAUAAAGUGUCUUCUAAGAACUCUCUGGAGUCUUACGCGUUCAACAUGAAAGCGACCGUUGAAGAUGAGAAGCUCCAGGGCAAGAUCUCCGAUGAGGACAAGCAGAAAAUCCUGGACAAAUGCAAUGAAAUCAUCAACUGGCUGGACAAGAACCAGACGGCCGAGAAGGAGGAGUUUGAGCAUCAGCAGAAGGAGCUGGAGAAGGUGUGCAACCCCAUCAUCACCAAGCUGUACCAGAGCGCCGGAGGGAUGCCUGGUGGGAUGCCUGGCGGGUUCCCGGGUGGCGGAGCUCCUCCUUCUGGUGGAGCUUCUUCUGGACCAACCAUCGAGGAGGUGGACUAAAGACAUGGGGUGAUGCAUUCCACUAGUAGCCAGCAUCGGAGGACCCCCAGCUUUGAGGGGGGGGAGGUUGAAGGAUCCAGACGUGUCUGGGUGUAUUUUGCCAGAGUAAAACUCCGUAACUGAGCUGCUGUAAAAAUAAAAAAAAAAGUUUAAAAAAAACCAACCACACUUUUCUGGGCAUUUUAAAUACUUGAACAUGUGUGCAGGAGGGGAGAUGAAUACCAUUGCACUUUACAGUACUGUAAACCAGUGGAAAUGCAAUUCAUGUCCUAAGGAAUAAAAACUAUUUAAUGGGCA